CGAAUUUCUCUAUUUUUCUCUUCUUUUUCUUUAUAUUAUGGAUCAUCAAAAAGGUUACCCACAAAACCCCCCACAAUACUAUUCUCCCCCUCCUCCAGGACAAGCACAACAAUACUAUCAACAACCUUAUCAACAACCCUAUCAACAGCCUUAUUAUCAACCACAACCACAGCCUCAGACAGUAUAUGUUCAACAACAACCUCAUAGACAAGAUGAUAAUUCAAUGUGCCUAGGAUGUUUGGCUGCUUUGUGUUUCUGUUGUGCUUUGGACGCUAUCUUUUAAAAUUAUAAUCAUAUUCACACACACACACACACACAUAUAUAUAUAUACAUAAUACCGUCAUUUGAGAGGGUGAAGUCGUUGAUUUUGAGUUUUAUGCUAAUGAUAUCGG